CUCAACAACCGGGGUUUUUGGUCACUUCUCUGUUCUCUCCUCCCCCCUCCUCCUCUCUACCCCUCUUUCAACUUCCUAAGAACUAAUUUCGUUCUUAUGUUAAUUGAAUCUAUGAUUUCUCUUAAUCGUUGAUUUAGAGCAAUCAUUCGGAAAAAAAAAGAUACGACACGCAAACAGAAGUUAGAGAGCGUUUGAAAGUUUCGAAUCUUUCCAGGUUAUCACCAGAAACAAGAAGGAAAACAUGGGUUCUGAGCAAAACGAAGGUACAAGCUUUCCAUCGUCACAGACACAGCUUUGUGCUAAUGGAUGUGGUUUUUUUGGCACGGCUGCAAACAUGAACCUUUGCUCCAAGUGUUACCGUGACCUUCGAGCUGAAGAAGAGCAAGCUGCCUUUGCUAAGGCUGCUAUGGAAAAGACGCUAAACAUCAAGUCACAACAACAUAUUGACUCUAGGGUUGCUGUUGAUGCCCCUCAAGUUGCGGUGGCUAAUUCCAUGCAAUCCGCUGAAGCCUCUUCUUCGGCAGAAACUGCUGUUGCUGCUGGCGAUCAGGUGUCAUCGAAGCCGGCAAAUAGGUGCUUCAGCUGCAAUAAGAAGGUUGGCUUGACAGGAUUCAUGUGCAAAUGCGGUGGCACAUACUGUGGGACUCAUAGGUACUCUGAGAAUCACGAGUGCUCCUUCGAUUUCAAGGGUGCUGGCCGUAAUGCUAUUGCCAAGGCGAAUCCUGUGAUUAAGGCUGAUAAGGUGGGGAGGUUCUGAUGCUGAUCCUUAAAAGGAUUGGUGAAUUUGGCAUUGUUCUUUUUUUCAGGGUUCGGUUUUAAUUAGGAAUUUAGUGCUAGUUGGUUCUGAAUGGUUGCUUUUUAUACUGGUUAUGGUUGAGUGUUUUAUGGGGGAUGCUGGAGAUUAGGAGGGGGGCACCAGGUGAAUGUAUUUGGGGGGUUUGUGGAUGGUCGAUUCCAUAAUGAAGUGGAUCAAUGGAUUGUUAGUUGCAAUUUGGUUUGAAUGGCUUUCCUCUCUUGUUUCUCAUAAGAAAUCCUUACCACGUCAGGGUGUAUCUCUACUCAUCUGUCUAUAUAAUAUUUGCACGCCUUCUAUUUUUUUAGAA